UUGUAUCUCGGAAGCACAUCCAGUCCUUCAAGAGCAGUUAGGUGGUGCGCCUUGUGAAAGCUCGUUUUUACCGUCCUAGUUCCACAAACUUACUUUGUUGGUGAGAAGGAGUCGGUCUGGCUAAAAAAAUGACUCCUUGCUAAGCAAUGCCAAAACCUCUACAAGUUCUCCACUGAUGAGGGAGCCAGACCAGGUUGUGUUAUAAUGGGCACCACGAAUGAAGAGAUGGUUUCAGUGGAACAGAACUUGAACCCUCUGUGCUUUGAAUGUGGGCAGCAGCACUGGACAAGGGAGAACCAUUUAUACAAUUAUCAAAAUGACGUGGAUGAUGACUUGGUCUGCCAUAUUUGCCUUCAGCCCUUGCUACAGCCAUUGGAUACGCCUUGCGGUCACACAUUCUGCUACAAGUGCCUACGGAACUUUCUGCAAGAGAAGGAUUUCUGUCCUUUGGAUCGCAAACGGCUCCACUUUAAGCUGUGCAAAAAAUCCAGCAUCCUUGUUCACAAACUGCUUGACAAGCUCUUGGUGUUGUGUCCCUUUUCUCCAAUAUGUGAGGAGGUCAUGCAACGGUGCGACCUGGAGGCACACCUUAAAAACAGGUGUCCUGGGGCUUCCCAUCGAAGAGCUGCAUUGGAGAGAAGGAAAAACAGCAAAUUACAGGGAGAUGCAGAGAGUGAGAAUGAGAACAGCAUGCUGGAUCGCCCAAGUUCCCAGUCUCCUGAUGCAGAGCAUUCUGGGACGGGAGCAGCACCAGUGGAGCAGAACCUCACAUCAGCAACUGUUCCAGUGUGGACAGAUGAAUCUGGCCUUGAUAACCCUGCCUUCGAGGAGAACAUGGGAGCUGACACAACCCAUCACCCGCCAAGCUUGCCAGAAGGUGAAAUCACCACCAUUGAAAUUCAUCGAUCCAAUCCUUACAUUGAGCUGGGCAUUAGCAUCGUGGGUGGCAAUGAAACACCUUUGAUCAACAUUGUUAUUCAAGAAGUGUAUCGAGAUGGGAUUAUUGCCAGAGAUGGAAGGCUCCUUGCUGGAGAUCAAAUACUGCAGGUCAAUAAUGUUGAUAUCAGCAACGUGUCUCACAACAACGCCAGAGCCAUCCUUUCCCAGCCUUGUUCUGUGCUCCACCUCACUGUCCUCCGAGAGAGGCGGUUCGGGGGCCGGACUCACAACCACAGCGACAGCCCGCCCCAGCGAGAAGAUAAUUUCCACGUGACCCUGCACAAACGGGACUCCAGUGAGCAGCUGGGCAUUAAACUGGUGCGCAGAACAGAUGAGCCUGGGGUGUUCAUACUUGACCUUUUGGAAGGGGGCUUGGCGGCUCAGGAUGGCAGGCUCUGUAGCAACGACAAGGUGCUAGCCAUCAAUGGGCAUGACCUGAAGCAUGGCACACCGGAGUUGGCGGCACAGAUUAUCCAGGCUAGUGGGGAGCGAGUAAGUCUGGCCAUUUCCAGGCCAGCCAAGUCCCAAAUGGUGAGCAUCUUAAGAGACGGCGGAGGCAGUCAUCCCUUCAGCCAGCACCAGUCGCAUCAGCUUUAUCACAGCAAUAGGCCCAGCCCGCACAGGGACCUUUCCCAGUGUGUCACUUGCCAAGAGAAGCACAUAAUGGUGAAGAAAGAGCCUCACGAGUCCCUUGGCAUGACAGUGGCAGGAGGCCGAGGAAGCAAAAGUGGAGAGCUGCCCAUCUUUGUGACCAGUGUGCAACCUCAUGGCUGCCUGGCAAGAGACGGACGGAUCAAAAGAGGUGAUGUUCUGAUGAAUAUUAAUGGCAUUGAUCUGACCAACUUAAGUCACAGCGAGGCCGUGGCCAUGCUGAAAGCCAGCGCGGCCUCCUCGGUGGUUGCCCUCAAAGCCUUGGAGGUUCAGAUCGCAGAAGACCAGCCCCAGGCAAUGGAGGAGCAGCCCAGCACCAUCAGUGAAAAUGAAUACGAUGCCAGCUGGUCGCCGUCAUGGGUGAUGUGGCUUGGACUCCCAAGCUGCCUGCAUAGCUGCCAUGAUGUAGUUCUACGGAGGAGCAAUUUAGCAAGCUGGGGCUUUAGCAUUGUUGGGGGUUAUGAAGAAAAUCACACAAACCAGCCUUUCUUCAUAAAAACGAUUGUUCUGGGAACACCAGCGUAUUUCGAUGGAAGACUCAAAUGUGGUGAUAUGAUUGUUGCGGUCAAUGGACUUUCAACCGUGGGCAUGAGCCACUCAGCACUGGUUCCUAUGCUGAAGGAGCAAAGAAACAAAGUCACGUUGACAGUUAUCUGCUGGCCAGGAAGUCUAGUAUAGACGUGCAAAACGACACCAUUUUGGUUCAAGCAGCUUAGUUUUUUCUAAAUGGCUGGUUCAAAAUCCUCAAGCAAGCUGUAUUUUCUUUUCUUUUCUACUACUGUUGCAGCUGGUAAUAAAGCUGGGCCAAAAACUGCUACCUGGGAGAUGAAGGUU